AUGCCUGAAGUGAACUUACAAGGUUUUAAGUUGAGUUCACCAAUUCUUGGCCUUGACCCUAAUAAUCGUUCUAUACUUGCUUUUUUUGCUGGAGGGGUUCAUGGUAGGAUUAGGGAGAUACUACUACAACAUUGGAAAGACAAAGAUGAAGAAGUUCAAGUGCAUGAAUAUCUUCCCAAAGGCGUUGACUACCACGGUCUCAUGGGACAAAGCAAGUUUUGUUUGUGCCCAAGUGGCUAUGAAGUGGCAAGUCCUCGGAUUGUGGAGUCCAUCAAUAUAGGAUGUGUCCCUGUAAUUGUUUCAGAUUACUAUCAACUUCCCUUUAGUGAUGUUCUUGACAGGAGUAAAUUCUCAUUGCAUAUUCCCUCGAGAAGGAUAGCUGAAAUCAAGACAAUGCUGAAAAAUGUUCCACAUGCUAAGUACUUGAAAUUACAGAAGAGAGAAAAGAUUACAAGCAUAACAGAUUUGGUAUUGCUGUCCCCCGAUGCUCGACAACAAUCAUCAGCAAAUCCUUUCAUGCCAGCUCAGCCUUGGUCACGCAUAAUCCCUCAGUAUAGUUUUGUGCAGAGUUGCAAGACAUUCACGCCGCAACAAUCACAAUCGGCAUCGAAGGAUCUGCAAUGUCCCUAA